CCGAUACGGUAUCGAGUGACGAAGGCCGUAAGUUUCUGUUCGUCUAACACGCCCGUCUCGGGAUCGACGAACACCCCGAUAUCGACCUGGGUCAUUUCUCUCACCUUAUCUUCCAGGGUCAUCUUGGACAAGAGAUUCUCCACUCUCAAGCUCGAGAACCCCUGCCCCGAUGGGCCAUCACUACGUCCAAGUGUUAGCGCCAUGGCCAAACAAAUAUACAGGCUCCACAUUGCCCACAUCAGCGCGUUUCUGACCCAGCCAUCCACCGGUAUCUGCAUUCCCGCGCGGAUUGGUUGGCGGCGAAGACAAUGUGACGAAGACGGGGACACCUAUCCUGCACUCCCCGUCAGCGUGCGCCCGUCGCGCAGCUUGCACAUCACCGAACAGCGGGGUAGCAGGCAGUGCAAGAGUCACGCGGGGGUAGCCCCCCCACCCCCCCUUCGAACCAGCGGCGGAACAAUCCCGAAGAGGAACAUCUCGGCAGGCUAACCUCGCAUUUUCCUGGACCGGGUUCGUAUUUGUUAAAGUCUACGGUCGAGGGAGUCCCAACGCCACGGUACGCGAGAAAACUCGUGGAGGACGGUAGCGUUAGGCCGGACGGGAGCGCCAUAUUAUUCAGAGAACGAGACUGUUGGGUCAGGGGGGGCGAGGGUCCAAAGGUGAGCUUUGUCACACGGUGAUGACGCCCUCUGCUUUCUCGGCGAUGAAGAGUCGACUACCAUAAUAUUCUCAGUCGUAGCCCUCGUCCACGUCGAAGCCCCCCCCCCCCCCCCCCCCCCCCCCCCCCCCCCCCCCCCCCCCCCCCCCCCCCCCCCCCCCCCCCCCCCNCCCCCCCCCCCGGAAAAAAACGCGAUGGUAUCCGAAAAAGCUUUGAAUUAGCCCCGGUAUCGUGUUUUCAUUUAAUCGCCGCUCUACCCCUGAUUUACAUAGCCCCGGGGUGGUCUUUCUUCGGCAAUAUUUUGGGGCGUCCCAACGGGACGUUCGCACACAAACCCACAGACGGCAUUCCAUUGUGGCGAUAGUUCUCGUGUGUGUGGCUGUUGCCGUAUUUGUUGGUGUUGGUUUUGUUGUCAGUGCUGCUUUAUACCCCCCGGGGUCUUUUGGAACUGGGGUUUUAUUUUUUUUUAAGGAUGACCUCUGUACCUCUGAGAUAGCCCCGGGUUGUAUGAUUUCACAAAAGUACGACGAUCGCCCCGGGAGGCUAUGACAGAGGACAAUACGGAAUACGGACAACAAAAUUACACUACUCCUUCCCCCUCGGCCUGCUCCCCGGCAGGGGCCGAAAUCGACCUAGUAAGUCCCUCGCGGGCGAACCAGGCCACAACAGAUAGCAGGCGGGUUGUGUUUCAAGGUGCAACUCACCGCCGCGCUGGCUCAGCGUGGCGGUGAGGAUGCACAGACGGUGGUAGUGGCGAGAGGUGUGUAUGGACACUGUUCCCGCGGCAGUAAUGCAAAUCGGCAAACUGCAUCUGGCAACCACCGUCGCGGGAAGCGUGGCCCACGAAGCUGGAGGAGUAGAGAGAUUCGUUAACACCACGUCAGUAAGCACCGCUCGCGGGACAAGGGAGACAACCGCGGGCACCGCGGGGAGGGAGUGGUGCACCCUUCUCGUCAAAACACCACAGGCAAGAACCGAGCUCUGCAGAGAUGGAUUGAUGCGAGGAAACUCGCCGCUCGGAAAAUACGGAAGAAAACACACCCGCAACGCGAGGCGCACCGAGAGAGACACGAGACCGCAGCGGCCGUCAAGGCGGCUGCGAAGAAGAAGGCACGAGAGGGCGACCUAUCGUUCGGCACGUUCAACGUA